AUGCGAAAACCUGGGCACCGUUGCGCCAGGACCCCGACAACGUGGGUAGUCGCUACGAUUGCCAUAUUUAUCGCAGCACUUUGUAUUCUCCCGUACCGCGACGGCCAUGACUGCAUUCCUUUUCAUCAGUGUCAGAGUACAACUGCCUAUAUGGAGCGUGAGAGCCUCCGUUACAUACCACAGAGUGUCGUACGCACAUGGCGCGAACGGGACUACCUGGUCGUGUUCGGCAUCCCCUCAGAGGACACCGUCAGAGGGCGAAGACGCCGCCACCUGCAGCGUACAUCGUGUUGGGAGUAUUCUGGCGUCGCGGCACGGGCCAACAACUUUACUGGGGAAAUGCUGGUGCUGUACGUAAUAGGGCGGCACCUGUUCCACGGCUACACCCACUCUCACACGCUGUGUAAGGAGGCAGUUCAAUGGCAUGAUGUGCUUGCAUUGCAAAUAAAUGAGGGAAAGCCCCAGGGCUUCAAGGGGCGUAAGAGUAUUGAAGUGGAGGUCGGGAUGAGCCGUAAGACGUAUCUUUGGUUCAAGCUGGCGCUUCAAGUUUUCCCUAAUGCGAGCUACCUUGCGAAGGCAGACGACGACAUAUUCCUGCGUGUGCCGCAGUACCUUGUUGAUCUGCGUACCCUUCCCCGCCGCGGUGUUUACUGGGGGCGACUGCGGCAGGGCGUGAUAUCAACGGGGGAAUUUAACAUGGCGUUCCCAUUUGUUAGCGGCUACUGUGCCACCACCUCGCGGGAUGUGGCGGAACGUCUAGUGUCGUACGAACCACUGCAGCGUUUGGCUUCCCUCCCGUAUGAUGAGGGACGGUUGCAGGAUUAUCUUGAUUUGAUGAUGAACCAUGAGGAUCAGAUGGUGGGCGUUGCCCUUGCUCUAACACGUCACCCAAUUUUUCUCUUUGGUGAAAGGUGCUGUCGGUUUCAUUGUAUUGGUAAGCGCAAACUCGGGGACUGCAAAUACACCCCGAUUACGAAAAAAAGUCUUGUUAUACAUCAUGCCUUGGAGAGACACCACGUCUCGCUCAAAAGGAGGUUCAAGGCCAGCCAUGCAACCCCUGUAAGCUUUACGCCGGUUGCCUCCCCCAAAGGAUUUGCUGGACUGGUCGCGUUUGAGUUCCUGUGUUGA